UUAAAGAUUAAUAUUUUUAUUUAUUUUUUUUUUUUUAAUACCGUUUAAAGUUUAAAUAUUUUUAAAUUAUGAUGAAGUUUAAUGGCUUAUUCCGAUCACAAAUAUUUCAUAAGUAUAAAUUGGUUUUCAAUAAAACAAUGUUUAUUCGGUCAACAGACAAGCCAAAUACAGAAUCAAUUACAAGACCUAAGUCCCAACCAUAUACCAAAUAUUUUGUCUUAGAUUUUGAAGCUACUUGUGAUAAUGGGGCUCAUUUAUUAAAACCUCAGGAAAUAAUUGAAUUCCCAUGUAUACUUGUAGAAUUUAAUGCGGCUAAAGGAGGCUUUGAAGUAGUAUCUUGUUUUCAUUCAUAUGUUAGACCUAUAAUUCAUACACAGUUGACAGAAUAUUGUACAGAGUUGACUGGUAUUACACAAGAUAUGGUCAGUAAUAGCCCACCAUUUGAUGAUGUUUUUUUCAAUUUUUGCAAUUGGCAUAAUAAUCAUACCAAUAUGGAAAAAGAAAAAUCUAUUAUUGUAACAUCAGGAAAUUGGGACAUUGGUAAAAUGUUCAUUGAACAAUGUAAAUUAUAUCCUUCAAUAAAAAUUCCAGAAUUCAUGUGUACUUGGAUAAAUAUUAAAAAGUUAUUUGCUCUGACAAUGGGACAAUAUCCAUUAGGUAUAAAAAAUAUGCUUAAGACAAUAAAUUCAAAACAAUUUGGUAAUAUUCACUGUGGAAUUGAUGAUUGUGUCAACAUUAUUACCAUCAUGAAUCAAUUAUCACAGAGAGGUUGUGUAUUUCAAGCUACUAAUAAAAUAAUCAGUGUAUAAAAUAUAUUUUGUAUAAUAUACCAUAAUAAGUAAAAUCAAAAUAAAU